GAUCAUGACUAGUGACAGACGCCAGUUAUGGCAACUUACUGAGAGUGUUUCCGCUCGUCUAAGUGACAUAUUUCAGCGUUUAGUCAUCUCUGAAUGUUUAUGACGUGCGGAUCAUGACGGCUAGGUUUGCAUUGCGACGUCAGUUCCUGCUGCUUCUAGUGAACGAUCGUUAGUCGAAAGCUAGGAAUCACAGGGCCAUUUUAGACCAAGGCGUGCAAUUUAAUCGCUACUGCUCCCCUUGCAUCACUUAGCCAGAAGCGAGAAUCGCAGUCCUUCCUCCUUAAGCUAGUUAUCAUUGAUUCUCAACUAUGCCAGAGAAUGGAGAGGAAUCCUCCAACGACACAAGAUGGCCAAACGCCAUUCCGUACGUCCUUAAACUCGGAAACUUCAUGGAAACCUCGUGGAAGCACUCAGUAUCCCUGCAAGCCUCUAGUACCGUCUACCUCACCAUCCUAGUCGGCCCGUUCUGCCUGGCCGUUUCCAUCUUCUUCUGCCUCCUCUUCUCCCUCCUCCACCUCCAAUCCACCCCCACCGGCUUCCCUUCCUCCCCGUCCUGCCGAUUCCCGGGUCCCACAACCCUCGUCGCUUCCCUCUUCAACCAGUGCUCCACGCUCCCACCCACCCCGGAGCCAUGGUCGCCUGACGCCUUUCUCGACGAUCCCGAGGUGGCGGCUCAGAGGCCUGAAAUGGACGCAGCGUGCAACCUGUGGGAGGGGAGGUGGAUCUACGAGCCGGAGUCGUACCCUCUGUGGACGACUGGGUCGUGCCCGUGGGUGGAGACGGGGUUCGAAUGCGAGGCGCUGGGGAGGCACGACACUGACUACAUGAAGUUCAGAUGGCAACCGCACGGCUGCAAUCUACCCAGGUUCAAUGCUUCGGACAUCCGAAGGCGGCUAAAGGGGCGCCGGCUAGUGUUUGUGGGCGACUCGUUGUGCCGCAACCAGUUUGAGAGCGCUCUGUGUCUCCUCGGCAUCGACCUCCCCAACGUGUCUGCUGUCAUCGAGCGCACAGGCAACAAUCUGACCAGGAAGGUUGACACGAUGGUGUAUGACUUCACAGACUUUGGAUUCACGGUCGAGUACCACCUCUCGCACUUCCUCGUCGGAUUCCACAGGGCUCCGGCGGAUGCCCCGCCACAUAUCGGAGCAGUGGUCAACACGGACACGGUCGAUCCUCUUUUCGCUCGGAGGUUGUUCGAUGAAAAUCCCGAGGGACUGAUACUCGUGCUGAAUGCGGGCCACUGGUUCACUCCGUCAAAGAUCUCGCAUCAGAAUGUUUCCUUCCUGGUGAACAACCAGACUCGCCCCGACAUCGAUGAGACUGAAGGGUUUCGCCUCUCCAUGCUGCGUGUGGCGGACUGGAUUCAGCAGUGGCCUGCUAAGGCUGCCAACGCCACUGCCGUCUUCCGCACCUAUGCACCCGCCCACUUCACGGGUGGGAGCUGGGACCACAGUGGUGGCUGCUCGGAAACACAUCCCACGCUUCCUUUUGAUCCAACUACUCCAAGUGACCUCUGGCAAGAUCCCUCUGUCUUGUUUGCCCAAAUAAGCCGAGACGCAAUGACGCAGCCGGAGCAAAUAAGAAAGCCAAUAAUAAAUGAUAUUACCAACAUGUCGUAUUCCAGGAGUGAUGCGCACAUUGCACGCUAUUGGACUGGAGCCAUUGGCUCCGAUUGCAGCCAUUGGUGUCUACCUGGAGUGCCAGACACAUGGAAUGAGAUGCUUUUUGCUUCUUUGACAGCAAACAACAUUUUGUGAUAUAUUGUCAAGAGUGGUGUAUGUUUUGGAUAUUACUCGAGAGGA